GGCGCUCGCGCCGAGGUUUCCCAACUAGUAUCUCGCCGGUUGCCGGGAGCAUGGGUUUCGUCAGAAGGUGGAAAUCUCUCUGAGAAGCUGCCAUCUAUCUCCCCGCCACCCUCGCGUCCCCGUCUCUUCCUCCCUCCCUUCCUCCCGUCUCCACUCUGUUCCCUCCCGCUUCCCCCCGUACCUUCCCCUCGACUCUCUGAGUUAACUGGGAGGUCAGCCUCCACCCCCAACAUUCCCACCCAUUCCCCAGCCCCCAUCUCCAAGGAUGGAGUCGGGGUUUCCGGAGAGACCAAACUCCCCUCUCUGCAUCUUUUCCGUCCGCUGUUGCUAAACUGGCCUCAGAGGACGAGGAGGGAGAGCGUCCGACUCCCCUCACACCACCACCAACUACACCACCAACCACCUCCACUCCAAAGCCGGAUUCUGUCUGCGUCCUAGGGGUGGGACACACCUUGUCCCGGACUCGAUUCUCUUCCUACUCUUCGAGGUUGACACCUUCAGAAUGAAGAAGAUGAGCAACAUUUAUGAGUCGGCUGCCAAUACGCUGGGAAUCUUUAACAGCCCCUGCCUGACCAAAGUUGAGCUGCGUGUGGCGUGCAAAGGCAUUUCCGACAGAGAUGCUCUUUCCAAACCAGACCCCUGUGUCAUCCUCAAGAUGCAGUCCCACGGGCAGUGGUUUGAGGUUGACAGAACAGAGGUGAUUCGCACCUGCAUAAACCCGGUGUAUUCAAAACUGUUCACUGUGGACUUUUACUUUGAAGAGGUGCAGCGCCUGCGGUUUGAAGUUCAUGACAUCAGCAGCAACCAUAAUGGGCUGAAGGAGGCCGACUUCCUGGGUGGCAUGGAGUGCACGCUCGGCCAGAUUGUUUCCCAGAGAAAACUGUCUAAAUCCUUGUUGAAGCAUGGGAACACAGCAGGGAAAUCCUCCAUCACGGUGAUUGCUGAAGAAUUAUCUGGCAAUGAUGACUACGUUGAACUUGCAUUCAAUGCACGGAAAUUGGAUGACAAGGAUUUCUUCAGUAAAUCUGACCCAUUUCUGGAAAUUUUUCGUAUGAAUGAUGAUGCAACCCAGCAGCUUGUACACCGAACUGAGGUUGUGAUGAAUAACUUAAGCCCAGCCUGGAAAUCAUUCAAAGUAUCAGUCAAUUCUCUAUGCAGUGGAGAUCCAGACCGCCGGCUGAAGUGCAUAGUAUGGGACUGGGACUCCAAUGGCAAACAUGACUUCAUUGGAGAAUUCACCUCGACAUUCAAAGAGAUGAGAGGAGCAAUGGAAGGGAAACAGGUGCAGUGGGAGUGCAUCAACCCCAAGUACAAAGCCAAGAAGAAGAACUAUAAGAACUCAGGCAUUGUGAUUUUGAAUCAGUGCAAGAUCCACAAGAUGCAUUCUUUCUUGGACUACAUCAUGGGCGGCUGCCAAAUCCAGUUUACAGUAGCUAUAGAUUUCACUGCCUCAAAUGGGGACCCCAGGAACAGCUGUUCCCUGCACUACAUCCACCCUUACCAACCCAACGAGUACCUGAAAGCCUUGGUGGCUGUGGGCGAGAUUUGCCAAGACUAUGACAGUGACAAAAUGUUCCCGGCCUUUGGGUUCGGUGCCAGGAUACCCCCAGAGUACACGGUCUCUCACGACUUCGCAAUCAACUUUAAUGAAGACAACCCAGAAUGUGCAGGAAUUCAAGGAGUUGUGGAAGCCUAUCAGAGCUGCCUUCCCAAGCUCCAACUCUAUGGUCCCACCAACAUCGCCCCCAUCAUUCAGAAGGUCGCCAAGUCAGCAUCAGAAGAGACUAACACCAAGGAGGCAUCGCAAUACUUCAUCCUGCUGAUCCUCACCGAUGGCGUCAUCACAGACAUGGCCGACACCCGGGAGGCCAUCGUCCACGCCUCCCACCUCCCCAUGUCGGUCAUCAUCGUCGGGGUGGGCAACGCUGACUUCAGCGACAUGCAGAUGCUGGAUGGUGAUGAUGGCAUUCUGAGGUCACCCAAGGGAGAGCCUGUCCUUCGAGACAUCGUCCAGUUCGUGCCCUUCAGGAACUUCAAACACGCAUCUCCAGCUGCCCUGGCAAAGAGUGUGUUGGCCGAAGUCCCAAAUCAAGUCGUGGACUAUUACAAUGGCAAAGGGAUUAAGCCAAAAUGUUCAUCAGAAAUGUAUGAGUCUUCCAGAGCACUAGCGCCGUGAACUCUGCACGCUUUUCCAGAGUUCUGAAACACUAUUCCUGAUAACAUUUACUACUUCUACUACUCCUGUACUUAAAAAGACACACACACAUACACAUUUAAAAAAUAGCACGUUUGGGUGAUUUUUAACUAACUGACAAUUUUUUUUGCAUGUGUAGCCCUGAGGCCUGGAUCUGUUAAGCUCUUGUAUUGUCAAAGACUUUUUACAAGGAAACACAAAUAAUUGUAACUUACUCUUUACAUUAUAGCAUGUCGCCUUGAAAUAAAAUGUUGUCUGUAUCCAUUUUUUAUACAGGUUUGUCGAAAUUUUGCUAAAUUUCUUAUUAUCUUUACACUGUGAAGCAUUUUGAAACAUUUACCGAACGUCGAUAGCCAAAACAUAUUUGGUUUUAUCUGCUACGGGAUGAGAGACUUUUCAAAAUGGCAGAUGCAUGGACUGUAUUUUGCAUGUUUAAAAUAAAAACAAACCAACGAACAAA